AUGGUCAUUGCUAUCCCCACCGCCAGUCUCGAAGGCAAAGUCGCCCUCGUCACCGGCGCCGGCCGCGGCAUCGGCAAGGGCAUCGCACUGGAACUCGCCCGCCGCGGCGCUUCCGUCGUAGUAAACUACGUUUCAUCCGCGGGCCCAGCCCAAGAAGUCGUCAAGGAAAUCGAGUCCUACAACAACGGCGCGCGUGCGAUCGCCAUCCAGGCUGACGUCUCCAAAGUUUCCGAAAUCCACCGCCUUUUCGAGGAAGCCAAGGCCGCCUUCGGCCGGCUCGACAUCGUCAUGUCCAACAGCGGCACCGAGUCGUGGGACCACGUGCUGGACGUCACGGAGGAGAAAUACGACCAUGUUUUCAACCUCAACGCGCGGGCACAAUUCUUCGUGGGGCAGGCGGCGUACAAGCAUUUGGAGAAGAACGGCCGGCUGAUCCUUAUGACGUCCAUCGCGGCAGGCUUGAUGGGCGUCAAGAACCAUGCUUUGUACAACAGCAGCAAGAUGGCAGUGAUCGGGCUGGUGAAGGCCUUUGCAACGGAUUUCGGGGACAAGGGAAUUACCGUGAAUGGCAUUGCUCCAGGCGGUAUCAAGAGCGACAUGUUUACGCAGAACGCAUGGCAUUAUAUUCCGGGCGGACAGCCUGACUGGCCGGCAGAGAAGAUUGAGAGGCUGAUGGCUGAGCAUUGUCCUUUGGGGAGGUGCGCUGUGCCGGAAGAUGUGGCGAGGGUCGUGGCUUUUUUGGCGAGUGAGGAUGGUGGUUGGGUAAAUGGGCAGGUUAUUACCAUCUCUGGUGGUUCUUCUCAGUAA